AUGGUUCAUAUUCUGAUUUUAUCCAUGACAUUAUUCGGAUUCUCUCAUUGUUUAUUCUUCAAUGGAGGCGGAGGUUGUGGGUGUAGACCUCAACAGUGUGGAUGUGCUGCUCCGUUGCCAGUUGCAAGAAGUUAUUGUCCGCCAUCCCCUUGUGGCCGUCCGUUCCAGCCAUACCAGUCGUAUCCACCAGUUUCUUUCCGUCCACCUCCUCCUACUAUAUUCCAACAACAACCACAAUUCUAUGCAAUUUCUCAAUCUCAACCAAUUCCAAUUCAGACUCAAUUCCAUAAUUCUUAUCAACAGACUCCUGUUUUCACAAGUAGUUACAAUGCUCCAUUCAACACAGUCCCAUCUUACAUGAGUGCCCCUCAGAAUUCUCCGAUUCAAGUCACUUCUGCGAAAGAAACUCCCGUCGACACCUUUGAUACCGUAAUCCAGAAGAGCAGAACAGACACUUCAUCUGCCAAAAACGAUCUGGAUGUAGACGUAAAUGCUCUCUCAAAUUUCGAAACUUCUCUCCAAGCUUACAAGUCAAUGAAUGGAAUUCGUGGAAUUCGACGAGCUCAAGGAUCGAAGACUGAGAAACCAGAGAAGUGUUCAAGUGCACGUCUUCAGCAGAUAAUGGAAGAGGCAAGUAUUCUGAAAGAGAGUGAGAGAAGAAUUCAUUUUUUAGUCAAUGACUUCCAACGUCUCCGUCUCCAAACUGAGGAUUUCACAAGGAGCUAA